AUGAUCAUUGACAGUGGUAGUGUAGACAAUUACAUUGCAUCUGUUGUUGUGGAGAAAAUGGGAUUACCAAUUACGCCACAUCCUACUCCUUAUUCUAUAGGUUGGGUGAAUAAUUCCUCUACACAGCGAAUUACUCAUCAGUGUGUUAUUAAGUUUUCUUUUGUUGGUUAUGAAGAAUCUGUGCUAUGUGAUGUUAUCGAUAUGACUGCAACACAUCUCCUACUUGGAAGACCAUGGAAGUAUGAUGUCAGAGCAGUUCAUAACUGUUUUGAGAAUACUUACACUUUUUACAAAGAUGAUGUUCAACAUUGCAUUGAUCUUAUACCUGGAGCUUCUUUACCUAAUCAAGCUCAUUAUAGGUUAAGUCCUACAGAACAUGGCAUUUUACAGGGUCAAAUUAAUGACUUAUUGACUAAAGGAUUAAUUAGACCUAGUAAUAGCCUUUGUGAUUGUCCUGCAUUUCUAGUACCUAAGAAGGAUAAUGGUUGGAGAAUGUGUAUUGAUUGCAGAGCUUUGAACCGUAUUACCAUUACUUAUAGGUUUCCCAUUCCUCGUAUUGAGUAUAUGAUUGAUUUUUUGGAAGGAUCUGUUAUUUUUAUUAAACUUGAUCUUCGCAGUGGUUAUCAUCAGAUUAGAAUAAGAGAGGGAGAUGAAUGGAAAAUUGCUUUCAAAAUGAGAGAAGUUUUAUCUCAAGAAGGACAUUCAGUUGCUUAUCAUAGUCAAAAUAAUUCUGAGCCACAAAAAAUGUGGUUUAAAUAUGAACUGGAAUUACUUGCAAUUGUACAAGCUCUUAAACAGUGGCGUACUUAUUUGGUUCAUCGAGAGUUUGUCAUUACUAUUGAUAAUCAUGCUUUGAAGUAUCUCCAAACAUCAGCAAAGGUUAAUCAUGCUUUAAGUAGAAGGCGACAUCUUUUAGCAAUCAUUCGUAAUGAGAGUUUUGCUUUUGAUUAUAUCGAAGAGAUUUAUGCUGAGGAUGAUGAUUUUAAAACACUUUGGGAACAAUGCAGUCCUUUGGUUCAUGGAUUUGAUGACUUUCUCAUUCAAGAUGGCUUCUUAUUUAAAGGUAAUCGUCUUUGCAUUCCUAAUGGCUCUUUACGUCUUCAUUUAAUACGCGAACUGCAUGGAAGUGGUCUUCGUGGUCAUUUUGUCAGAGAUAAAACUAUUGCACUUGUAGAAGAGCGCUAUUAG